AAGUGAACCCUACCGAUGCCCAUCUCUCUGUUUUUUCUCUCUAUAUAAAGGCACUUCCUCAGUAGGAUGUGAAGAGAGUGGAGAGAGUGGGGUGAAGCUGCUUUCCUAGAACUCUCUUUUUCUCUCACUUGUUUGCACCGAGUCCGGUUGCUGAUUGGGUCCUCCUGAGCUUGACAACAAUGGCGGCAAUGCUGAGGCCUGUGCUCACUCUGCUCCUGUUCACCCUCCUCUGCAUCCACAUUGCAGACAAGUCGUCAGCGACAACCAUAACCUUCCACAACCGCUGCGAGCACCCCGUUUGGCCGGGCAUUCAGCCCGGCGCCGGCAAGCCCGUCCUUGCCCGUGGCGGCUUCACCCUCCUGCCAAACAGGGCCUCCACGAUCCGGCUGCCGGCCCUCUGGUCCGGCCGCUUCUGGGGCCGCCACGGCUGCACCUUUGAUGCCGCCGGUCGUGGCCGAUGUGCCACCGGGGACUGCGGCGGCUCCCUCCAAUGCAACGGCCUCGGCGGCACCCCUCCUGCCACCCUCGCUGAGAUCACCCUAGGCAACGACCAGGACUUCUAUGAUGUCAGCCUCGUCGAUGGCUACAAUCUCGCCAUCUCGAUCACGCCAUUCAAGGGCUCUGGGAAAUGCAGCUAUGCAGGUUGUGUGAGCGACCUGAACAUGAUGUGCCCGGUGGGACUUCAGGUCCGGUCUCACGAUAACAGGGUCGUGGCCUGCAAGAGCGCCUGCUUCGCAUUCAACUCGCCGAGGUACUGCUGCACGGGGAGCUUCGGGAACCCGCAGUCUUGCAAACCGACGGCUUACUCGAGGAUCUUCAAGACGGCUUGCCCCAAGGCAUACUCCUACGCGUUCGACGACCCCACGAGCAUCGCGACCUGCACGAGGGGGAACUACAUCGUCACAUUCUGCCCUCACCACCGUUAGAGAGGGGCAUCGGUUUGCAUCUCAUGUUCCGACUUCCGGUUCCGGUGGUUUUCAUCUCAUGUUCCGACUUCCGGUUCCAGCGGGUUAAAUUAUUACCGAGUAUAGUGAUCAUAUUGUAGCUGGUUAAUAUGAUGGUGAUGGUAGUAAGUGGCAAGGUGCAAGAGGACUCCAUGGGGGGGUUGUUGUAUACCUGUAGCUGAAAAAUUGGAAGUGAUGUUGCUUUAGUAGGUAAAGAUGAUAUGUUUUCAUUGGACUUUAGCACUACACUCUUAGUAUAUCACAGAGAACAUAGUGAGGUUGUGUUCAGAAAGUCGUAAUUGUUUUUGGACUAUGUCCAUCUGCUGGAGGGGAGUUGGUCACCUAACUCCAUUUAUAUUGCUUCGAUUGCUGAGUUCCGAUUGCUCUUGCUAGA